AUGGCAGAGGAAGAGGAGGCGGGGGCGGCCCUGGAGCUCGGCGGGCUGCCCCCCGACGUCCCGGAUGAGCUGCUCACCCUCUACUUCGAGAACCAGCGCCGCUCUGGUGGGGGCCCCGUGCUGAGCUGGCGGAGGCUCGGCCUCGGGGGUGUGCUCACCUUCCAGGAGGCCUCAGACGCCGCCCGGGUGCUGGCCCAGAAGGAGCACGUGCUGCAGGGCGCCCGGCUGAGCCUGCGGCCGGCCCCACCCCCCGCGCCCGCCCGCCUGCUGCUCCAAGGCCUGCCCCCGGGGACCACCCCCCAGCGCCUGGAGCAGCACGUCCAGGCCCUGCUGCGUGCCACCGGGCACCCGGAGCAGCCCUGCCGUGCCCUGGCCAGCCCCCGCCCGGACCGUGCCCUGGUCCAGCUGCCCCAGCCCCUCUCAGAGGCAGAAGUCCGGGAGCUGGAGGAGCGGGCCCUGGACCUGGACCUGGACGGGGCCACGGUCUCCCUGGCGCGGGUGCCCCAGGCCCGGGCGGUGCGCGUGGUGGGGGGCACGGCCCCUGCGGACCCGCUGCUGCUGCAGCUGUACCUGGAGAACGAGCGCCGGAGUGGUGGGGGCGCCCUGGCGGGCCUGCGCAGCCUGCCGGGGCCCCUGGGCACCGUGGUCUCCUUCCAGCAGUGGCAGGUGGCCGAGCGGGUGCUGCGGCAGGACCACCGGCUGCAGGGCUUGGAGCUGAGCCUGGUCCCGCACUACAGCGUCCUGGAGCCCGAGGACCUCGCUGCGGACGCCGGAGGAGGGGACCGCUCCGCCACGUUGGGGCCUGGGGCCGCUGAGCAUGCUCUUCUGGAGGCUGGAGAGCCAGCGAGGACCCUGCAGGGUGCGGGGACCGUUACCUCGGCCUCUGAGGAGGCGCCAGGCCCGUCAGGAGCCCCUGGAAGGACAGAGCCCGCCGGGUCUCCGGGGCGGGCCGCGCCUGUCGGCGCGGGGCCCGUGGGGUCUUGGGAACAGGAGGGGCUAGAGAGCCUGGAGCUCCCGGGGCCUUCAGGGCAGGCAGAGCCGGUCAGCUCCAGGCCUGCAGAGUCCCCGGGCCCCGUGGGCUCCGUGGAGACCGCCCUGGGGCCUCCAGAGCAGGUGGGGUCCGGGAGCCUGGAGCCUGAGGGGUCCCCGGAGCCGGCGGGGCUGGUGGAGACGGUGCUGUCGAUGGAGCCGGGCGCCAUGCGCUUCAUGCAGCUCUAUCACGAGGACCUCCUCGCUGGCUUGGGCGACGUCGCCCUCUUCCCCCUUGAGGAGGCAGAUGUGACCGGCUUUCGACUCUGCGGAGCCCGGGCCCCGUGCCGGGCCGCGGAGGAGUUCCUGCAGAGCCUGCUGGGCAGCAUCGGCUCCCACGUGCUGAGCCUGAGGCACCCGGGCAGCGCCAGGUUCCUGCUGGGCCCCGAGGGGCAGCACCUGCUCCGGGAGCUGGAGGCUCGGUUCCAGUGUGUCUUUGGGACGGAGCGCCUGGCCAGGGAGGCCCUGGACACAGACCCCACGGAGGUGGACCCCACUGAGGCCCUGCAGGCCCCCCCUGGCCAGUCCCACGCUCUGUGGCCCCCAGACAGCACAGGCGGGGACCCCGAGAGCCUGAGCCUCGAGACGGUCCGAGAGCUGCUGGCCACUCUGGAGGGCCUGGACGGGGAGGACAGGCCGCCCCUGGAGCUGGGGGAGGAGGAACCGGAGGAGCCGCCAGAGGAGGAGCCUGCACCCAGCGCCUGGGAGAAGCCCGAGGCCCCCAGCACUGAGGCCCCCGCGGGGCUGGAGGAGGAGGCCGCGCUGCAGCUGGCUCUCCACCGGUCCCUGGAGCCGCAGGGCCGCGAGGCCGAGCGGGAGGAAGCGGCUGCGCUGCAGCAGGCGCUGGCCCUCUCCCUGCUGGAGCCGACCCCGCUGCAGGCCGAGGAGGAGCUCCUGGGCGGGGGGCCUGGUGGCCGGGCCCAGCUGGUGGUGCAUGCGGCCUUUGAGCAGGACAUGGAGGAGCUGGACCGGGCCCUCGGGGCUGCCCUGGAGGGGCACCUCCGGGAGGAGACGGUGGGGCUCCGGGGCCCCACGCUGCCCGCGGAGCUGCGCACCCGCCUGGAGCAGCGCCACGGCGUGAGCGUUGCCCUUCACGGUGACGGCGCCGUUCUCCGCGGCUUUGGGGCCCAGCCCGCCCGUGCAGCCCGCCACUUACGGGCGCUCCUGGCCGGCCCCUGGGGUCAGAGUUCGCCCGAUCUUUCGGAGGCUUCCAGCCCCACCGGGCCGCGGCGGAGGCCGGAGGGGCCCCUGGGCAGGCUGGAGAGUCUGGCCGAGAGCAGCCCUGAGUUCCGGGCGGUGGUGCAGGCCUUUUACGAUACCUUGGACUCUGCCCACAGCUGGGUCCGCAUCGUCCGGGUGGAGCGCCUGGAGCACCCGCUGCUGCAGCAGCAGUACGAGCUGCACCGGGAGCGCCUGGAGCAGCGCUGUGAGCAGCGGCCCGUGGAGCACGUCCUGUACCACGGCACGUCGGUGCCCGCCGUCGCCGAGAUCUGUGCCUACGGCUUCAACCGCAGCUUCUGCGGCCGCAACGGCACGCUCUACGGACAGGGCGUGUACUUCGCCAAGCGCGCCUCCCUCUCCGUGCAAGACCGCUACUCGCCGCCGGACGCCGAGGGCCACAAGGCCGUGUUUGUGGCGCGGGUGCUGACCGGGGACUACGGGCUGGGCCAUCGCCAGCUGCGGGCGCCCCCUCUGCGCGCCCCGGGCCACGGGCUCCUGCGUUACGACAGCGCCGUGGACUGCCUCCGCCAGCCCAGCAUCUUCGUCGUCUUCCACGACACCCAGGCGCUGCCCACCCACCUCAUCACGUGCGAGCACAUACCCCGGGCCCCGCAUCCGGACCCCUCUGGGCUCCCGGGCCCCUCCCCGGACUCCUAG